CAUUACGAUUCAUCACAAAUCGGACGUCGCUGCAUUAAUGGCAGCCAAUCAAAUUAGAGAUAAUACUGUGAACUCUUGCGUAGACCUACGUCACUUCCUCUUUCACGCCAACCUCACCAAGAUGGCACCGAAAAGGCACACCGCUGUGAAAAAGAAUAAAAAGGGAGCUUCCUGGAAGUUCACCCUUGAUUGUACUCACCCUGUGGAGGAUGGGAUCCUUGACUCUGCCAACUUUGAAACCUUUCUGAAAGAGAAGGUGAAGGUUAAUGGCAAAACAGGCAACUUGGGAAAUGUAGUGCAAAUUGCACGUCAGAAGAACAAAAUCAGCGUCACAUCAGAGAAGCAGUUCUCUAAAAGGUAUCUUAAGUACCUCACAAAGAAGUACCUGAAGAAGAACAACCUCAGAGACUGGCUCAGGGUGGUGGCGUCAGACAAGGAGAGCUACGAGCUGCGCUACUUCCAGAUCAGUCAGGAUGAUGAGUCUGAUGCUGAUGAAUGAAAGCUCUGUCUUGACAUAUGUUUGUGUAUCGAUGGUCCUGUAUGAGCUGUCACAUCUUCAAACGCAGGACUGUAUGUUUUGAUAACUGCUUUGUAAAUAAAAAGAUACACGGAAA